AUGCUAGCAGUCGAGGCUGAUGACUGGUGGAUGGAGACUCGUCAGAGGUUGGAGGCUAAUGGUGAGGAGGUUACUUGGGUUGUGUUCCAUAGGGAGUUCUUGAGGAAGUACUUUCCUGAGGAUGUUCGUGGCAAGAAGGAAAUCGAGUUCCUUGAGUUGAGGCAAGGGAAUAAGUCGGUGGUUGAGUAUGCUGCCAAGUUUGGUGAGUUGGCUAAGUUCUAUCAGUAUUAUGAUGGACCAACUUGUGAGUUUUCGAAGUGCAUCAAUUUUGAGAAUGGAUUGCGCCCAGAAAUCAAGAAGGCGAUUAGUUAUCAGAAGAUUCGUGUCUUUGCCGAUUUGGUUGAUUGUUGUCGAAUCUAUGAGGACAAUAAUGCUCAUUAUAGGGUCAUUUGUGAGAAGCGAGGCAAGAGUCAACAAGGCCAUGGCAAGCCUUAUGAUGCUCCAGUUGGAAAGGGUGAGCAGAAAGCUACUGAGGGCAAGAGGACUAGUGGGGGAGAUGCUCCUGUUGGUAUUGUGUGUUUCAAGUGUGGCAAAGCUAGUCAUAAGAGUAAUGUUUGUACUACUGAUGCCAUGAGGUAUUUCCAUUGUGGUGAGUUUGGACAUGCAACACCUGCGUGCAAGCAUAAGCAAAUGGUUUGCUUCAACUAUGGUGAAGAGGGGUACAUUGGAAGUAAGUGUCAGAAACCAAAGAAGGAACAAGCUAGUGGAAAGGUGUUCGCCUUGUCGGGAACUCAAACCACUAGUGAGGAUGCACUCAUCAGAGAUUGGGUCUUGUGUUAUCUUCCACGAAUGGAGAGAUGGUCGUCGAUACUCCAGCCAAGGGAUCGGUUUGGAUGGGAUCUUAGGUAUGACUGGUUAGAGUAUAACCAUGUUCAUAUUAAUUGUUAUGACAAGUCAGUGAGGUUCUCUACUCCUGAAGAGGAAGAUGUUGAAUUGUUGUCUGCUAGACAGUUGCUCCAGUUAAUGAAAGAAGAAGUGCAAGUGUUCGCGUUGGUGGCAUCAUUGUCUAUUGAGAAUCAAGCUAUAAUAGAUGAGUUGCAAGUGGUGCGAGAAUUUCAUGAAGUUUUUCUUGAUGAAAUUCCCGAUGUACUUCCAGAGAGAGAAGUUGAAUUUUCUAUUGAUCUUGUAUCUGGUACUAGACCCGUGUCUAUGGCACCAUACAGGAUGUCCACCUCAGAAUUAUUGGAAUUGAAGAAGUAA